GCCCAGCUGUGGUUGUCGGUAUAAAAUAGCAGCGCCACAUUAUUAUAAAAGUGUUUGCAAAACAGGAUUGAGGUAGAGUCCCUCAGAGCCAGAAGUGAAGACUCAGAGAGUGAAAGGAUGAGUAGAAGGUUUGUAAAGGCCGCUAUGAAUGAGCCAAUGCUCAUGUCAGGAAUGGGCAUGGCACCUUUCUUCAAGGUGACGGUGUUCGAGCAGGAGCACUUCCAGGGGAAGUGUCAGGAACUGACCUCAGAGUGCUGCAACAUCCAGGAGAGAGGCUUCCAGAACAUUCGCUCACUCAGAGUGGAGAGCGGCACCUGGGUGGGAUAUGAGCAUCAUGACUUCCAGGGGCAGCAGUUUGUCCUGGAGAGAGGAGAGUAUCCUCACUGGGACGCGUACAGCGGCAAUCUGGGAUACCAUGUGGAGAGGCUCAUGUCCCUGCGCCCCAUCUACUGCGCUGCUCAUGAGACCAGCCGCAUGAUGAUCUUUGAGAAAGAGAACUUCCUGGGCCGUAGUGUGGAGGUGUGUGAUGACUAUCCUUCCCUGCAGGCCAUGGGUUGGUGUAACACCCAAGUGGGCUCCAUGCAUGUGCAGUGUGGCGCCUUUGUGUGUUAUGAGUUUCCGGGCUACCGCGGGCAGCAGUACAUCAUGGAAUGUGAGCGGAACAGUGGUGAUUAUCCGCACUGGAAGAGCUGGGGCUCACACAGCCAGACGCCCCAAAUCCAAUCCAUCCGCAGAGUCCAGCACUGAGACAGAGAAGAGAAGGAGGGGGUGGAGGAAAGAGCACAGUGGAUGAGAGCAAGGGGGUAUUCACUACAGUUCAAAAGUUUGGAAUCAAACUGUGUUCAUUUAUAUUCAAUAUUAGUUUAACUAGAUAAAUAAUAAAUACAAUUUAACUGUGAAAUCACAGUGUAGAAAAUAACAAACUUUUUUAGAUUUAUUUUUAAUAUCUCAGGUAUUUUGGGAACACCACAAAAUUAUCAAUGAAAGACAAUAUUUUGUAUUAUCUACUUACAAUAAUUUAUUCAUGAAA